AUGCCCCGUUACAACCCCGCCGUUAUCGAGCCGAAGUGGCAGGCCCGCUGGGACGCCGAGAAGACGUUCGCCGCGCCGCGCGUCCCCGCGGACCCGGGCAAGAAGCUCUACGCGCUGGACAUGUUCCCCUACCCGUCGGGCGACGGGCUGCACGUCGGGCAUCCGGAGGGGUACACGGCGACCGACAUCGUCUGCCGCGCGAAGCGGAUGCAGGGCGUCUCGGUGCUCCACCCGAUGGGCUUCGAUGCGUUUGGUCUGCCGGCCGAGGAGCACGCGAUCAAGACGGGCGAGCACCCGCGCGUGCAGACCGAGAAGAACAUCGAGACGUUCCGUCGCCAACUGAAGAUGCUCGGAUUCAGCUACGACUGGAACCGAGAGAUCGCGACGACCGACGUCGACUACUUCCGUUGGACACAGUGGAUCUUCUUGCAGCUCUACGACACGUGGUUCGACCGCGAGACGCAGAAGGGCCGGCCGAUCGCCGAGCUGCCGAUCCCGGCUGAGGUCGAGGCCGAGGGGGCCGACGCGGUGCGCCGGUACCAGGACGAACGCCGCCUCGCGUUCCAGAGUCACGCGCCGGUGAACUGGUGCCCGGCGCUGGGGACCGUGCUGGCGAACGAGGAGGUGAUCGACGGCAAGAGCGAACGGGGCGGCCACCCGGUCGAGCGUCGUCCACUGCGGCAGUGGAUGCUGCGGAUCACCGACUACGCCGACCGGCUGGAGAGAGGACUCGACGCGCUCGACUGGCCGGAGGGCGUCAAGGCGCUGCAGCGGAACUGGAUCGGGCGGAGCACGGGGGCCGAGGUCGACUUUCGGAUCGAAGGCGGAGGGGGGAAGGCGGAAGGCGGAGUGUUUUCCGAGAAGCCUGCGGACGGAGUGCUGCGGGUGUACACGACGCGGCCGGACACGCUGUUCGGCGCGACGUACAUGGUGAUCGCGCCGGAGCAUCCGUACGUCGAUCGGUUGACGACACCCGAGCAGAAAGAAGCCGUCGCCGAGUACGUGAAGGCCGCGUCGUUCAAAAGCGACCUCGACCGCACAGAGCUUUCCAAGGAGAAGACCGGUGUAUUCACCGGCUCCUACGCGAUCAACCCGGUUAACGGCGAAGAGAUUCCUGUCUGGAUCGCCGACUACGUGCUGAUCAGCUACGGCACGGGCGCCAUCAUGGCGGUGCCGGCGCACGACGAGCGCGACUUCGAGUUCGCCGUGCAGUUCAGCAUCCCAAUCAAGCAGGUCGUCGAGCCCGAGAGCUUGGUGCUUGACUUCAAGGGCGGGAAGGCAGGGACUGUCUACGAAGGGCUUUCCAACACCGAAACCCACAGCCUCUACAAGACGCGGCUCGCCGAUGGCAAAGAGUGUUUUGUGGGCACGGGUACCGCGAUCAACUCAGGCGAGUUCGACGGCACGCCGACGGCCGAGUUCAAGAAGAAGAUCACCGAGUGGCUCGCCGCGAAGGGCGUUGGCAAAGAAGCCGUCAACUACAAGCUCCGCGACUGGCUCUUCAGCCGGCAGCGGUUCUGGGGCGAGCCUUUCCCGAUCGCUCACGAGCUCGACGACGCCGGCGAGCCGACCGGGUUCGUCCGCGCCGUGCCGGAAAGCGACCUGCCGGUCGACCUGCCGCACCUGGAGGACUUCAAGCCGCACGGCCGCCCCGAGCCGCCGCUCGACAAGGCGCCCGAGGAAUGGCUCUUCCCCACGCUUCUCGAUGAAAACGGCGACGGCGUGAAGUGCAAGCGCGAAACGAACACGAUGCCGCAGUGGGCGGGCAGCUGCUGGUACUAUCUGCGGUUCCUCGAUCCGAAGAACGACGCCACGGCGAUCGACCCGGAGAUCGAGCGGGCGUGGAUGCCGGUCGACCUCUACAUCGGCGGCGCCGAGCACGCAGUGCUGCACCUGCUGUACUCGCGAUUCUGGCACAUGGUGCUCUACGACCGCGGCGUCGUGAGCACGCCGGAGCCGUUCGGCAAGCUCGUCAACCAAGGCAUGAUCCUGGGCGAGAACGGCGAGAAAAUGUCGAAGAGCCGCGGCAACGUGGUCAACCCCGACGAGGUUGUACGCGAGUACGGCGCCGACGCGCUGCGGCUCUACGAGAUGUUCAUGGGCCCACUGCCCGACUCGAAGCCGUGGAACAUGGAAGGCGUCGCCGGGGUGCGCAACUUCCUCGGCCGGGCGUGGCGGCUCGUCGUCGACGACGCGGCCGACGAGAUGGCGCUGCACGAGCUGGUGACCGACGCCCCCCCGACCGCCGAGCAACUCCGCGUGCUGCACGCGACGAUCAAGUCGGUCACCGAGGACAUCGACAAGCUGUCGUUCAACACGGCGAUCGCCCGGAUGAUGGAGUUCGUCAACUUCUUCAACAAAGAGGCGACCCGGCCGCGCGCGUGUUUGGAGCCGUUCGUGCUGUUGCUCUCGCCGUUCGCGCCGCACCUGGGCGAGGAGUUGUGGCAGGCGCUGGGCCGCGGUCCUUCCGGGCGAAGCGGGGGCACGCUCGCCUACGAGCCGUGGCCCGAGUGGGACGAAUCCCACCUAAAACAGGACACGAUCGACAUCGUCGUGCAGAUUCGCGGCAAGGUGCGUGGUAAGAUCAGCGUCCCGGCCGACGCCGACAAAGACGCAACGCUCGCCGCCGCCAAGGCGGACGAGAAGAUCGCCGAGCUGAUCGCCGGCAAGGAGCUGGCGAAGGAGAUUGUCGUCCCCGGACGCCAAGAGCCAACCGACCUGCACCUUCUUGUCUACUUUUUACUCCGCGACUUCCGCGUACUCCGCGGUAAUGCAAUGAAAAACGUCGUAGCGGUGGUUCUUGGUGGCGGGCGUGGCACGCGGCUCAUGCCGCUGACCGGGUAUCGGUCGAAGCCCGCCGUGCCGCUGGCUGGCAAGUAUCGGCUGAUCGACAUCCCGCUCUCGAACUGCAUCAACUCGGGCGUGAACCACGCCUUUGUGCUGACGCAGUUCCUCUCGGUCAGUUUGCACCAACACAUCCGUGGCACGUAUCGCUUCGACGCGUUCAGCGGCGGCUUCGUCGAGAUCCUCGCUGCGCAGCAGACGAUGGAGGACGACGCCCAGAUGGACUGGUACCAGGGGACGGCGGACGCGGUCCGCAAGAACCUGCUGUACCUGCUUCAGCCCGGCUUCGACUACGUGCUGAUCCUGUCGGGCGACCAGCUCUACCGGAUGGACUUUCAACGGAUGCUGGACGACCACCAGCGCUCCAGCGCCGACGUGACGAUCGCCGCCAAGCCGGUUGCGCGGCACGAGGCGUCGGGCCUCGGUGUGAUGCGUGCCGACGAGUCGGGCCGCAUCGUCGGCUUCGUUGAGAAGCCGACAACCGACGAGCAGCUCAACUCCGUAGCGGUCGAUCCGGCGUGGAUCGACGCCCGCGGCGUCACGAGCGGCGGCCGCGACUGCCUCGCGUCGAUGGGCAUCUACUUGUUCAACCGCCAGACGCUGGUCGACCUGCUCGCCGACGAGUCGCAGAGCGACUUCGGCAAGGAGAUCUUCCCGGCGGCGAUCGACUCGCGGCGGGUGCAGCUCCACCUGUUCGACGGCUACUGGGAAGACAUCGGGACGAUCCGGUCGUUCUACGAGGCGAACCUGCAGAUGGCGCAGGCGGACCCACCGUUCGCCCUCUCGUCGGCCAGCUCGCCGAUCUACACGCGGCCGCGGUUCUUGCCGCCGACGCGUGUCGACGGCGCCGAGAUCUCACGGAGCCUGAUCGCCGACGGCUGCGUCAUCGAGCCGGGCGCGAAGAUCGACAACAGCGUCAUCGGCCUGCGUUGCCGGAUCGGCAGCGACGUGACGAUACGCAACAGCGUCGUCAUGGGAGGCGACUUCUACGAGACGUCGGGUGUCGUCGCCGAGAACGACGCCGCCGGCCUGCCGCGGAUCGGGAUCGGCCCGGGGGCGGUCGUCGACGGGGCGAUCCUCGACAAGAACUGCCGGAUCGGCUCCGGCGCCCGAAUCGUCAAUGACGACGAGCGGCAGGACUUUGACGGUCCCGACGGCUGCGUCGUGCGUGACGGCGUGAUUGUCGUGCCGAAGAACGCGGCCCUCUCAGCGGGUUGGCGGCUCGCUUGA